AUGGCCCUGGCAGAGGAGGCCAUAACACCCUUUCACGAGCAGAUUGUCGGUUUUGCAGGAGAACGCGUUGACACCUGGGGAUACCUCAACCUGAGGACCCGCCUGGGUACCGGUGACCAAUCCAAAGAAAUCCGUGUGCGCUUCUUGUUAGUGGAAGCCAAUACUUCGUACAAUGCUCUUCUCGGACAUCCAUGCCUGAACGCCUUCGGAGCGAUUGUAUCAACUCCUCAUUUGGCGAUGAAGUUCCCGUCCGGAAGAGGUGAAAUAUGCACCGUUCGGGCAGAUCAGAAAACCACUCGGCAGUGUUACACAGCCUCCUUAAAAGCCACGACAUACAGAAGAGAGAGAAGGCCUGAAACCAGACUGGUCGACCUAGACCCGAGGACCAACACAGAUGACCGGAUUCAACCCCAGGGGGAGAUCAAAUCGUUCGUCCUGGGGAAGAAUGAUGAAGAGAUUACUAAUAUAGGAGCAGACCUCACUCCCGCAAAUGAAGGCGACCUCACCACACUGCUACGAAACAACAGCAACCUCUUUGCGUGGAGCGCCUCUGAUAUGCCGGGCAUCCACCCCGAUGUCAUCACUCACAAGUUGUCCAUAUUUCGAGAAGCUCUACCAAUUGCUCAGAAGAAGAGAAGGCUCGGUACUGAAAAAAGGGUGGCGGUACAAAAGGAAGUUGACAAGUUGAUCUCGGCCGGUUUCAUCUGCGAAAUAACAUACACCACGUGGUUGGCAAAUGUGGUCAUGGUUAAAAAAUCAAACGGUCAGUGGAGAAUGUGUGUAGAUUUCACCGACCUAAACAAGGCCUGCCCCAAAGACAACUAUCCUCUCCCCAGCAUUGAUCGCCUGGUGGACGGCGCCUCCGGUCACAUGGUCCUCAGUUUCUUAGAUGCAUACUCGGGGUAUAACCAAAUUCCAAUGUACACCCCAAAUCGAAAUAACACGACUUUCAUCACUGAGCAAGCUAAUUAUUGCUAA